AUGGCUCUAGGAGGUAGGGAUUUCCUUGGCAGUGAUGCAAAGGUUUCUGUGCUAAUUGAUAAUGAUCAUCGUUGCUGGAUGAAAGAAACAAUUAAAAACAUUUUCUUGUCCCAUGAAGCUGCUCUAAUUCUAUCUAUUCCUCUCAGCCUUAAUUCUUGUGAGAAUAGGUUGUUUUGGCCGCAUAACCCGGAUGGCUCUUAUUCUGUCAGGUCUGGCUACAGAUGGCUCAUGGAGGAAGAUCUAAAAGAAGAGGCCUCAACCUCGGAUGUGUCAAAGACCAGGAGCAUUUGGAAGGGCGUGUGGAACUUACGUGUCCCCAAUAGGGUCAAAUCGUUGUUGUGGAGGGCUGGUUCAGACACGUUGCCAUCCAAGUCUAAUCUUUUGAGAAGGAAAAUUAUUACUGAUGAUCUCUACCCGGGCUGCAAGCUUAUGAGUGAGACCACUUUUCACGCUAUCUGGUCUUGUCCUGCUCUGGCUCCGGUUUGGUCUUCCAGGUAUGCUUGGCUCAUGAAGUUAACCAAAGAGUGCUCAUCGCUGCUGGAAAUCUUCCAUUGCUGCCAGACUCAUAAUGACUGCUUUGAUCUAUUUGCCAUGAUCGCCUCCCAGCUUUGGAUUCGUAGAAACAAGCUGCGGGUUGGUGACUGUGUGGCUCCAUUGGCAAAGAUUAUUGGCUUGGCUACGGAUUGCUUGUUGGAGUUCCAGUCUGCCCUGUCGUCCCCCCAACCUCCUUCAAAACCGGUAUUAGCAUCCAGAUGGUCUCCUCCUCUGUCGGGUUAG